AUGUCCCUCGCUGCCUCGCCAUUACACUCUGACGUCACUGUGCCCACACUCAUGGAAAACGAGCCCAAUGCGCUGGUCGAGCCUCCUGAAAGCGAGGACUUCCGUUGUAGUCUCGCAAGACUACAUUCCGAUUUGGUCUGGGCCAGCAGGCGUACGGUCACGCUGCGAAAGCAGGUGGUGGAGGCAGAUCUUCAGGCUAUCCGCUCGAAUCGCGUAUCUCGAACGUAUCGGUCGCCUCUCUGGGUCGUCGCGUUGCUCGACGAGAUACGACCCGCACAGGACCUGGUUUAUUAA